AUGAAAGAGCACUGGCGGACAUCCCACCAAUGGCUUGCCCAAGCUAUUUCUACAGCUUCUACCCAACAGCUCUUAGAGAAUUGUACGCACUCAGUCUCUUGCCAACGUCUCUAUCGCCGAGGGCCUACCUCUCACUAUUUUGCUGUGCUUAACCCCGUACGAUCAGAAUCAGCAGAGCCAGAGUCAGCAUCCUCUACUAUUGACCAGCUCUUUGACCAACUAGAAAAGCAGCACCAGGAGAUCUUUCAGCCUUCAGAUCGUACGAUUGAGACCGUGGAGCUUAAUGAGGCUACUCCAUGGCUACGUCGUACACGGUGGUCGCAGUAUCUCAAGGACCAACACCCAGAGAUACUCUCUUCGCUGACCGAGACCCCCGAGCCUGAUGCGUCCGAUCCGCUCUGGAAGAUCCACCAGGCAAUGGUCAGUAUGGCCCGUACGGCCCAGUUGAUUGCCAAGCACUGCGGCCAUCUGAUCCGGGUGGAGAUUGUUCGUACGGAGAUCGAUCAGUCCCCGCAUACUCCCCUGCAGGCCUACAUGGACCCGGAGACGAUCCUGGCCCAUAUCACCCCCUGGCAGCAGAUAGUCAGCUUCUUUGCCCGUACGCAGUAUCCCACAGAGCCCUCCCACCCGGCCUACCCCCACUAUCGCUUCAACCGCCGUCAACGGAAGGCGUGGCAGCACCUCUGGACUCUGGCCACCCGCUCUCCCUCCCCUGACCCCUAUGAGAGUGAUAAAGACCGUACGGCUCCGGCUACACCAGCUCAACCCUCGCCCUUCCACUUCCAACCUAUCGAGCGGGCCUGUCUGGACUUCUGUAUCGAGCUACUGAACCAGCGGAUUGGCGCGGACGAAUAUGAGUGUGCUCUAGUCUGUGCCCUCGCUGUGCUAGGCCGGUCCCGUACGGGCUGGCAUACUGCUGAUUCCUUCCCUCUGAUCCUGUCUAGGGUGAUCAAGCUCGCUCGGUUUCUGGUCCUGGGGCAGGCCCUCUGGCUGGAUCCCCACGCGGAGCAGAUCGUCCAACACUUCCGCGGGGAGGAGACCAGUACCGAUUUUGACCUGAUCAGCCCCCUGGAUGACCCUGAGUAUCGGUGCUCGUACGAUGAUGAGGGAUACCAGAGUCCGUCCUCACCGGCCAUCCCCUCCUCCCCCAACUCCUCCUCCCCCAACUCCUCCUCCCCCAACUCCUCCUCCCCGGCCCCGCUCCCAUACAGCCAGCAUCUCCGCAGCCGUACGGGUAAGACCUUUCAGGAAUGGGUCCAGUUGAUCAUGAAGAGCUUUAUGCUCCGGGGCACCAACUCCCCGUUCCAGUGGAUCUUGGAUCUUCGUACGUACGGUAUGAAGGUGAGCUUUAGUACGACCCAGCCUGGGCAUAUUGGCUGGGUGGGCACGGAUCGCCUUCUCUAUAAGCAGCUCAGCUUUACCACCGGUGACCUUCGUGGCUGGAUCCACGGGCUUGUCCAGACCUGCCAGGAUCUUCUCUCGUCCGAUCUACUCCUCCUGCCCUCAGAGGCCGAGGCUCCCCUGGUCCCCUGGGCGACGAUAAUGGACGAUCCCUCAGAGUCUAAGCCUGGAUGGAGCUUUCUCCACGACUCUCGUACGACCUGGCCGGUCUGCGGGGACCAGUGGCUGGUGAGGCGUCUUCGCUCCGACCGGGUCCUCCAGCAGCGAUUUCUGGACAUCGAUCAUGGCUGCUUCCGUACGAAUGCCAUUAAGCGAUAUCUGGCCCAGGUGAGUCUCUUUCGAGAGAAGCUCGCAGUCCUGAUCCACCUCUGUGGUGGCCAGCCAGCGCGGGCCCCGGAGAUCCUCUCCGUCCGCCAUCGCAACACCACCAAUGCCCACCGGAAUAUCUUUAUCGAGGAUGGGCAGGUGGUGAUUGCGACCCGAUACCACAAAGGCUUCCACGUCCACAACGACCCAAAGAUCAUCCAUCGAUAUCUGCCUCGGUCCGUUGGUACCUUACUCGUACGAUAUCUGUGGCUUAUUCUACCCUUGGUGGAGCGGUUCGACGCCUUGACCAGCCCUCGGGAUCAGCAGCCCACUACAGCCCGUACGGCGUUACUCUGGGGCCCCGAUCCUCUCAGUCAACGACCCUGGACCGCCGAUCGGCUUCGGGAGGUCCUCCAGCGAGAGUCCCGUCUCGGCCUCAAUGGGCAGAUAGUGAAUAUUGCCGCGUGGCGGCAUAUUGCGAUUGCCCUUAGCCGCCGAUUUCUUCGUACGAGCAGUGCUUUCCCCCAGAAUGCCAAUGAUGACGGAGAGACCGACGAGGCUGUGGACCCUGAGACCAAUCCAGAUGAGAAUUUCCAGGAUCUACAGGCCGGUCACUCCUCUCAUGUUGCGGGCCUUGCGUACGCCCGCCAGCUCCAUGAGGCCCCAGGCACAAUGGCCUAUCGCCGUACGAUAUUCCGCCAUAUCAGUCAGGACUGGCAUCACUUCCUGGGCUUCCCCCGUACGGAUCUCCCCUUGGCCCCUGAGCGUCCAAACAAGAAGCGGAAGUAUGCCCCCUGGGAGAACGAGCAGCAGGAGAAUCAGGUGACCCGCCGCUAUGAAUUUGCGAAUUGUAACCUGGAGGAAGCAUUACAGCAUUUCCUGGGUGACCCUUCCGUACGAUUCAAAGAGAAGCAGCUAGAGGUCCUCCAGGCGAUCCAGCACGGCUUCAGUCCUAUUGUGGCCGUUAUGCCCACCGGUGGGGGUAAGAGUCUUCUAUUCCAGCUUCCGGCGUGGAUCUCCAAAGGCCUGACUGUAGUGGUGGUCCCUCUGGUGGCCCUACGCAAAGAGCUUCAGAGACAUUGUACGAGCCUAGGUAUCAGCUGUACUGAAUGGGAGAGCCACCACCCCCCGGAUGAAGCCUCGAUCGUUCUGGUCACCCCCGAGUCCGCCCUGAGUGAUAUCUUUCGUACGUUCCUAAACCGCCAGGUGACCCUUCACCGUCUGGAUCGGAUCGUGAUCGAUGAAUGCCAUAUGGUCCUGAACCCUAGUGAUACCUUUCGGCCAGAGCUGGCCCAGAUCGGCCGUCUCCAGCAGAUAAAUGUACAAACAGUCUUCCUGACCGCCACCCUGCCCCCUAGCCUCCACGAUAUAUUUUGGCGCCGGCUCCACUUAUCCCGGGAAGAUAUAUUUCUUUAUCACAGCCGUACGACCCGCCCUAAUAUCGCCUACUGUUCUUUCCGGCCGGAAACCGAUCUCCCCCGCCAGGGCCUGGAGCAGUGGAUCCAGGAUCCACAGAUCGUACGCUUCAUCCAGGCUCGCCGACGCCACGCCCGAUCUGGCCGGGUCCUAGUCUACGCCUCUCUCGUACGACAUGUGACCCUCCUGGCAUCGCUUCUAGGCUGUGAGGCCUUCUACUCCAAGGUCGUGACCGAUAUAGCCGGGGCGCCUCGGCAGCAAGUGGACCAGGAGGGGAUCCUGGCCCGCUUCCGUCGUACGGACAAUGCAAUCCUGGUAGCGACCAGUGCUCUAGGUAUGGGCAUGGACAUCCCUGAUAUUCGGACGGUGAUCCAUAUCGGCUGGCCCUACAGUCUUCUUGACUACGCCCAGGAGACCGGCCGUGCCGGACGAGAUGGCCAACCGAGCGAGGCAAUUCUGAUCCAGCCUCGGACGAUGACCCAGCCCCCAUCGUGGGUCUAUUCAGAGAAGACCCCCCCCCCGAGGAAGCCAAGAUCGUCCAGCAGUGGUUGGCGACUGAGCAGCCGCCCUGUCGCCGGGUGUUACUCGACCGCUAUCUCGAUGGCCAGGAGCGGACCUCUUGCCAGGAUCGUACGGUGCCCGAGCCUGCAGCAGAGAUCCCCUGUGAGAUCUGUGCCCCUGGUGAUCCGUACGAGGCUCUUUCCCCUAGGCUGA